AUGCGCCUCAUUCAGAACAUGUGCACCAUCGCCGAGUAUCCCGCCCCGGGCAGCGCCGCCGCCGCCGACUGCUGCCUGGGGGCGGCGGGCCGCCGCCUUGUCAAGAUCGCGGUGGUGGGGGCCAGUGGUGUGGGCAAGACCGCUCUGGUGGUCCGCUUCCUCACCAAACGAUUCAUUGGUGACUACGAAAGGAACGCAGGUAAUCUCUAUACCAGACAAGUCCAAAUAGAAGGUGAAACCCUGGCUAUUCAGGUUCAAGACACGCCAGGUAUUCAGGUCCACGAGAACGGCCUGAGCUGCAGCGAGCAGCUGAAUCGGUGCAUUCGCUGGGCAGAUGCCGUGGUGAUCGUGUUCUCCGUCACUGACUACAAGAGCUAUGAACUCAUCGGCCAGCUCCACCAGCACGUGCAGCAGCUACACCUGGGCGCCCGGCUGCCCGUGGUGGUCGUGGCCAACAAAGCUGACCUGCUGCACAUCAAGCAGGUCGACCCUCAGCUCGGACUGCAGCUGGCCAGCGUGCUGGGCUGCUCGUUCUAUGAAGUGUCGGUCAGCGAAAAUUACAACGACGUCUACAACGCUUUCCACGUCCUGUGCAAGGAAGUGAGUCACAAACAGCAGCCCAGCAGCACACCAGAGAAGCGGAGAACCUCCCUCAUUCCCAGGCCCAAGUCCCCCAACAUGCAGGACCUGAAGAGGAGGUUCAAGCAAGCCCUCUCUGCCAAAGUGAGGACUGUCACCUCCGUCUGA